UCAUGCAUGCAACAGACCCCGCGAUUCUCGCAUGCACACACAAACUCACAGUCACACAGCCUAGACGUGCGAGCGCACACACACACACACACACAAUGUGCAACACCUCUCUCCCUCUCGCUCUCUUUCUCCCUUCUCUCUUGCGUUCAGUCACACACACAGCGGCAGAAAGAGAGACCUAACCGAAGCUGUCACGGAAAGGAAUUGGAUACCACCCGUUGGCAGUUCAGAAACAACCGGCGACGCUGGAGAAAACUAAUUCACCGGGUCUAAAAUUCCUUUGCAAUAAGAGCAAACAGUGAACAUGUCCGGUGGGAUCUAAUAACAACGCAGGAAUGCAACCACGUUGAUUUCGUUGCGCUGUCUGAAAUGCCUCUCGGUCACCUUCGGAAUUAACGGACGACUUGCGCGCGUGCCUUUGACGGAUAGGCUUUUAAGCCGCCUCAUUAUAAACACGGUGGUCUACAGUAUUAAAACUGGCAUCACAAGGAAGAACAACUGCUCCCUCUUGAAUCUACAAGCAGAACAGAUCAAUGAAGAAUGCGGGAGCGUUUCGGAGUGCUGUCCACCCGGAGUUAAUGAAGUCGGCGACGAUAUCAUGCGUCUUCUGCCCGACCCCAGCGUGCAGUCAUUGCGGCUCAUAUUCCUACUGAUAUUCGUUAUGGGGGUAGCACCGUCCCCGGCCCUGACCGCCGGGUGCCCUGACCGCUGCGUGUGCGACGACCAGCUUGUGGUCCAGUGCGCGGGGCAGGAACUAACGCAGUUCCCCUCAGAUCUCCCACUCGCUACCCGACAACUUAUUAUCUCCAAUAACAAAAUCGGGGACCUCCCGGCUCUGCAGCUCAACUACCUGUCCGACCUCGUGUACCUGGACUGCAGCAACAACUCCCUCACCGAGAUAUCGGAAUCUACGUUUGGCAACCUGCGCAAACUUGCCUAUUUGGACUUGUCCUUCAACACUUUGACUCAGAUCGAGGACCGGACGUUCGGGCCUUUGGCCAGUCUCGUCAUGCUCAGAAUGACGGACAACCCAGGACUCUCGGAGAUCCAUCCGGAUGCUUUCGCUGAAAACUCGGCUUUGCAAGUGCUGGAUGUCAGCCGCAACAACCUGACCGCACUGAACAUAAGUUCGCUUAUCGCAUUGCCUGCCCUCCGUUCCCUUGGCCUGAGCGGGAACCCCUGGCGCUGCGACUGCGACACAGAGGACCUCUGUCUCUGGAUCCAGAUCGAGGGAUUCAAGUUUCAAGAUGAGGGCCAGACGGUGUGCCAGGGCCCCGUGGAAAUGAUCGGGCAGCGGCUGGCCGAGGUGGGCAUGCAGCUGCGGGCCGACUGCCACCAGGGCUUGGGCUACUGGGACUACUUGUUCUUCAUCGCCAUCGGCUUCGUCAUCUUCUCGGCGGGCACGGUGUCGGCGUGGGUCAUGGGCGUGCUCAUGGUGCUCUACGAGCGCUACAGCAAGCGCAAGAGCGAGGACAUGGACAGCGACGACGAGGAGGAAGGAGGUGGCCGAGGAGGAGGAGGCGGCGGCGGAGGUGGCAUAGGCAGUAACCACGGCAACGGCGACCUCAGCAAACCCGGCAUGCAGGUGUGAGGUGUGGUGUGAGGUGGGAAGGGGCGGGAGUGUGUGUUGGGGGGUGUCGUGCCCAUCCCUCCCUCAUCGCCCUACCACCUAAUCAGCCGACACCCACCUCUUUUACUACGACCACAGGAUCCUGCACAGCAUGAGGAUGAUGAUGAGAAUAAAGAGGAAGACCAACAGGUUCAGAUGAUGGAAAGAUUUCUGCUGAGAUUUUGGUUUUCUAUAAAGAUGCAUCCUUCCAAUGAA